AUGCCGCGUCCGGGCCCCCGCCUGUGGCUGGUCCUGCAGGUGAUGGGUUCGUGCGCCGCCAUCAGCUCCAUGGACAUGGAGCGUCCGGGCGACGGCAAGUGCCAACCCAUCGAGAUCCCGAUGUGCAAGGACAUUGGCUACAACAUGACCCGCAUGCCCAACCUGAUGGGCCACGAGAACCAGCGCGAGGCCGCCAUCCAGCUACACGAGUUCGCGCCGCUGGUGGAGUACGGCUGCCACGGCCACCUCCGCUUCUUCCUGUGCUCGCUGUACGCGCCCAUGUGCACCGAGCAAGUCUCCACCCCCAUCCCCGCCUGCCGGGUCAUGUGUGAGCAGGCCCGGCUCAAGUGCUCCCCGAUCAUGGAGCAGUUCAACUUCAAGUGGCCCGACUCGCUGGACUGCAGCAAGCUCCCCAACAAGAACGACCCCAACUACCUGUGCAUGGAGGCGCCCAACAACGGCUCGGACGAGCCCUCCCGGGGCUCGGGCCUGUUCCCGCCGCUCUUCCGGCCGCAGCGGCCGCACGGCGCGCAGGAGCACUCGCUCAGGGACGCGGGCCCGGGGCGCGCCAGCUGCGACAACCCGGGCAAGUUCCACCACGUGGAGAAGAGUGCGGCGUGCGCGCCGCUGUGCACGCCCGGCGUGGACGUGUACUGGAGCCGCGGCGACAAGCGCUUCGCCGUGGUCUGGCUGGCCGUGUGGGCUGUGCUGUGCUUCUUCUCCAGCGCCUUCACCGUGCUCACCUUCCUCAUCGACCCCGCGCGCUUCAGGUACCCCGAGCGCCCCAUCAUCUUCCUCUCCAUGUGCUACUGUGUCUACUCAGUGGGCUUCAUCAUCCGCCUCUUUGCCGGCGCCGAGAGCAUCGCGUGCGACCGGGACAGCGGGCAGCUCUAUGUCAUCCAGGAGGGGCUGGAGAGCACGGGCUGCACCCUCGUCUUCCUCGUCCUCUACUACUUCGGGAUGGCCAGCUCGCUCUGGUGGGUGAUUCUCACGCUCACCUGGUUCCUGGCUGCCGGCAAGAAGUGGGGCCACGAGGCCAUCGAGGCCAACAGCAGCUACUUCCACCUGGCAGCCUGGGCCAUCCCGGCCGUGAAGACCAUCCUGAUCCUGGUGAUGCGCAGGGUGGCGGGCGACGAGCUCACGGGCGUGUGCUAUGUGGGCAGCAUGGACGUGAACGCCCUCACCGGCUUCGUGCUCAUCCCGCUGACCUGCUACCUCGUCAUCGGCACGUCCUUCAUCCUCUCCGGCUUCGUGGCGCUCUUCCACAUCCGGAGGGUGAUGAAGACGGGCGGGGAGAACACCGACAAACUGGAGAAGCUCAUGGUGAGGAUCGGAGUCUUCUCUGUGCUCUACACCGUGCCGGCCACCUGUGUGAUCGCCUGCUACUUUUACGAGCGCCUCAACAUGGAGUACUGGAAAAUCCUGGCCACUCAGCACAAGUGCAAAAUGAACAACCAGACCAAAACUCUGGACUGCCUGAUGGCCGCGUCCAUCCCGGCCGUGGAGAUCUUCAUGGUGAAGAUCUUCAUGCUGCUGGUGGUGGGGAUCACGGGUGGGAUGUGGAUCUGGACGUCCAAAACCCUGCAGUCCUGGCAGAACGUCUGCAGCCGCAGGUUCAAGAGGAAGAGCAGGAGGAAACCCGCCAGUGUGAUCACCAACAGUGGGAUUUACAAAAAAGCCCAGCAUCCCCAAAAAACCCAUCUUGGAAAAUAUGAAAUCCCUGCCCAGUCUCCCACCUGUGUGUGA